AUGGCUUGCCUACCGUGGGAUUCAAAUCCAUACGGCGUUCCUUGGGAUUUCUUCCCAAGAGAGAAACAUCCUUCUGUCGCGAUGUUCUUGAAUUCCAUGACUUCCAUGGCGGGGUUUCAAGCCGGUCACAAUCACUGCCGAAACCCCGGGCUGUACAGGGAGCGACCAUGGUGCUUCGUCGCCGACGCUGACAGGAAGUGGGAGUACUGCGACAUCCCCCUCUGCCAAGACCUCAAUCCGCCAGAAUGCAAACGGACCGGCCGUGGAACAGAGUACGUUGGAAAGGUGAACGUUACGAUGAAUGGGAUUCAAUGUCUACCUUGGCUCAUGGGCAUGAUCGAGGAUAAUGAUAUCAUACUUUACGAUGAAGUGGAUGGAGGGCACGCGUUCUGUCGCAACUAUUUCUCCUUCCCAUUUGGUCCGGCAUGUUUUGCCACGCUUGGAGGGGAUCUGAGUCCGUGCGACGUUCCAUUCUGUCCCACCGUCGACGGCGGAAAAUGCGACAUUCGAGUUCGUGGGGAUUGUGUCCCCCCAAUAGAAUGCAAGACAGACGCGGUGGGGCGGUCAUACAUGGGCACGAAAAAUGUGACCAGAAUGGGAGACAAGUGCUCACCGUGGCUGUCUGGAUUGUCCCAAUUGCUGGCUGAAGUGGUUGCCGACUAUUUGGAAGAUAUUCAAGGUGGCAUUAAGCUUUCUGAUGUUUUGAACCGAAUCUUCACGUUGGACGGCUUGUACCCAACUCACAACUUCUGUCGGAACUGGAACAACGACGAGGGAGGUCCCUGGUGUUACAAAAGCGCUGCGAUGGAACGGGAUUAUUGCGACAUCCCGAUCUGUUCCUCAAACGACCCAUGA